AUGCCCGCCCUGGAGGAGUAUAAACAGGGUAGAAAACGGCCUCGGUCAACUUCUGGCUCAGGCGGGAUGUCUCAAGGUGAAGCAGCGCAUGAAGAAAGUCCGAAAGACCAGGAGGCUGCUCCAGCUAUGGUGAAAUCAAGAACAUAUCAGAUCGAGAUGCUGAAGGAGAGCCUUAAACAGAAUAUAAUAGUUGCGAUGGACACUGGAAGUGGGAAGACCCAAAUUGCCAUUCUUCGCAUCAGACACGAACUGGAAAGGUGUUCUAAUGACAAGCUUGUCUGGUUUCUGGCCCCAAAGGUCCCCCUUGCUGAGCAACAGUAUAGGGCUAUUUCCAGUCAGCUCCCUGCCUUUCAGACAAAGAUCCUGACUGGAGCGGAUAACCUGGAACGUUGGUCUACACAGAAGAUAUGGGAUGCGUUUCUGCUAAAUACCAGGAUUGUCGUCUCAACACCCCAGGUCCUUCUAGAUGCCCUGUCAAAUGGGUUUAUUACCCUACAACGAAUAGCAUUGCUCAUUUUUGAUGAAGCACACCAUUGUGUCAAGUCCUCCCCUGAAAAUAGGAUUAUGCAAAAUUUCUAUCAUGCACGGAAGGACCAGCUCAGUGAGACGAACGAUCUCCCGUAUAUCCUCGGCCUUACUGCCAGUCCCACGUCCAGUUUAAUAGAAAAUGCCCUGAGACAGCUAGAACAAAAUCUUCAUGCUUGCUGUAAAACACCCACGAUUCACCGUGAGGAUAUGAUGCAAUUUGUGCAUAUACCAGAGCUACGAAAAGUUUCGUAUCAGAAUGACUCGAUAAUACCUUUGAAUAUGGAACUCAAAUUCCUAUCCAUGUUAAACGAUAUAGAUACGAAGUACGAUCCUUUUUUCCAAAGAUAUCAAGGGAAAACAGACCGCAAAAGCUUAGAAAGAUUCAGCCUUGUCGCUGCUAGGAAAACACCCUGUUUCGUUCAGUUGAAGCGAUGCUGCCGCCGAAUCAGCCAUAUGUUUGGUGAACUUGGGCAAUGGGCUUCGUCGACGUAUAUUUCUGAGGUAUACAGACGGGCUCGCGAGAAGGAGACAAAGCUUCUAGACCAGAACUGGUCUGAGUGGGAUCGGGAUGACACCUCCUUUAUAUGCAAUGCAUUGAAGCCCGUGGUUGAAAUUAUGGGUGAGAGAUGCUGGAACGCGCCUCCUGAUGUAAUUUCAGAGAAGGUCGAACAUUUGGUACACAUCCUGUCGUCAGAACUCACAGGUGCAUCAAGAGGCAUAAUUUUCGUUGAACAGAGAGCAACGGCCGUUAUGCUCACUCAUCUGAUUUCCCAUCACCCCAGGCUAACGCACGUAAACUCGGAUUAUUUUCUAGGGAACUCUGCUUUUGCUGCCAGGAAAUCAGAUAUAACCGAGCUCAGCAAAGCCGGAGACAUGAAAGAUUCCAUAGAUGAUUUGAGAUCUGGCAAAAAGAACUUACUUAUUGCUACUUCUGUUCUUGAAGAAGGCAUAGAUGUUUCCGCAUGCGACCUCGUUGUCUGCUUUGAUCCUCCGAAACAGCUACGGUCCUUUGUCCAAAGACGGGGUAGAGCAAGAAAGGCAAGCUCAAAAUUUGUUAUCUUCUAUGCUGAAGAUGAUACCACAACGAAAAAGGACUGGGAAGCCAUGGAAGAUAUUAUGAAAGAAAAGUACUCGAGCAACAAGGCAUUUAUAGACAGCCUCUUGGAACAGGAAGAUGAAGAGGAAGUUGAAUAUGAAAGCUUUAGAAUAGAAUCGACCGGAGCUUUGUUAACCCUUGAGAACGCUCCUUCGCAUCUCUCCCACUUUUGCUCAACAUUGCCCUGUGAAUUCACAGACACCCAGCCUGACUUCAUCAUUUCGAAGGUAGGCAUUAAAGAUUUGUUAACCGCUAAAGUACUUCUCCCCACAGUUCUGGAUCAUCAGUUUCGUGACUUUGAAGGAAUUGAAGCAUGGAAGAAGGAGAAGAUGGCCAAAAGAGAUGCUGCAUUUCAAGCAUAUUUGCAACUUUAUAAGGCCGGCCUAGUUAACGACCACUUGAUGCCGGAACAUUGCCGUGCCACUGACGAAGAAACAGCACAUGUUGAAAAACACUCCAGCAUGACAACAUGCUCCGAGGUGUUUACCCCCUGGAAAAUGGUUGCUGAUCGGUGGCAAACUACCGAUACCUUCUAUCAGAGCAGUGUUGUCAUAGGCUCAGGCACAGAGGAGUUACCGAGAAUGCUACUAAUUCUACCAAUACAUCUUCCGUGCGGUUUUACUCUCAACCUAUUCUGGAAUGAGGAGAGCACUCUCUCGGUAUCAGUUUCACCGGAGGAAUUGUCCAUCUCCGACGAAGAUAUUGUCUCGAGUCCUCUAGCUACACGUAUUCUUUUAUCUUCUGUGUUCCCAACUAGGAUGAAUGGAGAUUCCCAUGAUUUCUCUUGCAUAUUUGUCCCUGAUCUUGACGAGGAACAAGGAGAUCUUGAAGCAUGGUGCAAUAAUGUCAUCAAGACUAUUUCGGGAGACAAAAUUGAAAGCUGCGCUCAAGGCUCAAUUGAAAAGUUUGGCCUUGCAAGGAGGACCGAUAUCAAUGCUAGAGCAUGGACAGUAGAAAAAGUUUUAUGGAUGAAACCCGUCAGGGCAGCAAGUGACAAUGAAUCCGCAGAGGACGAAGAGGACGAGGAAGAGAUACUGCACCUCGAAGGAGAAAAGUGGCCGAAGCGAACAGACUUUUUACACCCAGUUGCCAAUAUUUCUGACUCUAAAUUGCAUCACACUUCAAGGAAUUGUAUUCCUGCUCGACAAAGCUCUAUAUCCAUGUUACCUAUGGGGUUCACUAAAUUUGCCCUCUUCAUCCCAUCCCUGAUACACAGUAUUGGACGCUUCUUGCUGGCUGAGGAUCUAUCUAACACCAUACUGUCUUCUAUUGGAUUCAAAGAUAUAAAGCUAGUGUUAACAGCAAUUACUGCUACCUCAGCAAGGGAGAAUACGAAUUACCAACGCCUGGAAUUCCUUGGAGACAGUGCAUUGAAACUACACGCAUCUAUGCAGCUUCUGGCCGACCAUCCAAUCUGGCACGAAGGCAUAUUGUCGAAAAAGAAGGACUCUAUCGUAUCCAAUUCUCGGCUCUGGAAGGCUGCAGUUGACACAGGGCUAGACAGGUUCAUCCUUACAACAUGCUUCACCGGCGCGAAAUGGCGGCCGCUAUACAACUCUACAUACAGGCACAAUGUGGGGACAGCCCGCAGGGAACAAACCAGAGAGCUGUCUACCAAAACCCUUGCAGAUGUUGUCGAAUCUUUAAUUGGGGCAGCCAUCGUUGAUGGGGGAGAAAACAAAGUGUUACGUUGCCUGGAGCUAUUUUUACCAGAGAUCAACUGGCUACCAUCCGGCGAGCGGGUAGAAAUUCUUUACGACUCCGCACCAGACUUUAGCGAUGAUUUCCCUCGCGAUAUCCUGUCGAAGAUCGAACCCCUGAUCGAUUACUCGUUUACCAAGAGGGCACUCCUGGCCGCCUCCUUGUCGCACCCCAGCAAUCUAAUUAGUGGAAUGACGUAUCAGAGGCUCGAGUUCCUCGGGGAUUCGAUUUUAGAUAACGUGGUUACGAGGGCGUUGUUCCGCUGUGACAAAGAGAUUCCUCAUCAAGACAUGCACCUGAUACGCACUGCAUUGGUCAACGCUGACUUCCUUGCUUUCCUCUGCAUGAAAACAUCCACGGACGAGCGGCGAGAAGAUGUCUGCGCGUCUCCAACAGGGAAUGUUAAGGUCACCUCGUCUACCCGCCGGGUGUCCCUGUGGCAGUAUAUGGCUCAUUCGGCGAGUUUGGAUAUUCUCGAGACCCAACAGGCUAUGGCCUGUACGUUUGAGAAAUUGCGUGAUGAGAUAGAUGACGCUUUGCGGUCGGGCACCAGAUACCCCUGGACAUUACUUUCGACACUCAAUGCACCCAAGUUCUUCUCGGAUAUUGUCGAGAGUAUCCUGGGAGCGAUAUUCAUUGACUCACGCGGCUCGAUAAUGGCAUGUCAUAAGUUUCUUGCACGCAUUGGUCUGAUGGGCUAUCUCAGUCGUGUUUUAGAGGACGAUGGCAUUGACUUUAUGCACCCGAAACAACGUCUCGGCAUAGUCGCUCAGUCCCUCAGUGUGAAAUACAUUGUGUCAGACGUUCAUGUGAAACCGGGAGUUACACAGUGGAAGUGUCAGGUCCUGGUUGGAGACCAGGAGAUAUCUCGAGUUGAAGAUGGAGUGAGCCAAAAUCAGGUCAGAGCAAAAGCAGCAGAUCUUGCUCUUGAUAAACUACGCAUGAAGAAUUAA